AUGUCUCUCCAGCCUGCUGCUGACGCGUCCUCGACGCCUCGCCUGCCCGUGAUGCGUCGCCCUCCUAGGAUUCCCUCGCCGACUACGCCUGGUCUUCCACGGAUGCCGCCGGCUCAUUCUGGGCCCCAUGCUGACGAAUGUCAAUCUCUGGAUUUGCUCGCUGAGGGUCAAGGGUUCCUGCCUUCACCUCCAUGUCUUCUCUCUUCAGUCGCCACGCCCACCCCAGCGUCUUCACUGCCAUCAGCUCGCCGGCGCCAUGUGGCUGCUUCUCCUAUUCCCUCUGGCCCUCCUUUGCUCAGAGGUGCUCCACUCUGCCAGAUGCUUACAGUUCUUCGUGCAAGGACCUCUUCUACCUCUCGCAUUUCCGGUGAUGUCUUCCGCUCCAGCCCUGGAUCCUCUCCGCCUUCUGCCAGACUGUCUUCGGUGGCUGCCGCUCCCGAUCCUGUAGUGCCGUCUCCGGAUGUCACUGCCGUCUCUGCAUCUGAAUCUCCAGUGUGUCACCACACUCGUUCUCGUGCUGCUGCUGGUCAUUCUUGCUUACCUCCGCCUUCCCUGAUGCCUUCCUCUGUACAUCCUGCUCAGGCUGCUUCCUCUCCUGUGUCGCCUUCUGCCGCCGGUGCUCUGGAGCCCGUUGUUACAUCUGAUGGUACGGAACAAGAGGCAAGCGCGAUAAUAGCAAAGUCAUGCACACUUCAAGGGACCGAUUUUCGCAUGCUGUUCAAAAGACAAGACAGAAGGAACAGAGCCACCAAGUGUGGGUGUUAG